AUGUGGUGCUGCAGGCUGUCCCAUCUACACGGCAGGCUCCAGAACCUCCUGAGCAGAGGAGUCACAUGCUCAGCCUUCCAACAGCCCAACCUCAAAAGCUUGUUUCCAUUAGCCAUCCGUUGGCACCAUACGGCCUCCAAGUCUCUGAACUGUGCUUGGCAGCAACACGAAGAUCAUUUUGAACUGCAGUAUGCAAACACCGUGAUGCGCUUUGAUUAUGUGUGGCUUCGAGACCACUGCCGCUCAGCAUCUUGCUACAACUCCAAGACCCACCAGCGCAGCCUGGACACUGCCAGUGUAGAUUUAUGCAUCAAGCCAAAGACCAUUCGUCUGGAUGAGACCACACUCUUUUUCACUUGGCCAGAUGGUCAUGUGACUAAAUAUGAUUUGGAUUGGCUGGUGAAAAACAGCUAUGAAGGGCAGAAACAAAAGGUCAUCCAGCCUAGAAUCUUAUGGAAUGCUGAAAUCUACCAGCAAGCCCAAAUUCCAUCUGUAGAUUUCCAGAGCUUCCUAGAAACAAAUGAUGGAUUAAAGAACUUUCUGCAAAAUUUUCUGCUGUAUGGAAUUGCAUUUGUAGAAAAUGUCCCUCCCACUCAAGAACACACAGAGAAGUUGGCUGAAAGGAUCAGCUUGAUCAGAGAAACCAUUUAUGGGAGGAUGUGGUAUUUCACUUCAGACUUCUCCAGGGGUGACACUGCAUACACCAAGCUGGCUUUGGAUCGGCACACUGACACUGCCUAUUUUCAGGAGCCCUGUGGCAUCCAAGUGUUUCACUGUCUUAAGCAUGAAGGAACAGGUGGCAGGACACUGCUGGUAGAUGGAUUCUAUGCAGCAGAUCAGGUACUUCAAAAGGCACCUGAGGAAUUUGAACUCCUCACCAAAGUGCCACUGAGGCAUGAAUAUAUUGAAAAUGUUGGCGAAUGUCACAACCACAUGGUUGGGGUUGGGCCAGUCUUAAAUACCUACCCAUGGAAUAAAGAGCUGUAUUUGAUCAGAUACAACAACUAUGACAGAGCUGUCAUCAAUACUGUGCCUUAUGAUGUUGUCCAUCGUUGGUAUACAGCACACCGGACUCUGACAGUAGAGUUGAGGAGACCUGAGAAUGAGUUUUGGGUCAAACUAAAGCCUGGCAGGGUUCUAUUUAUAGACAACUGGCGUGUCCUACAUGGCAGGGAAUCCUUCACUGGCUAUCGCCAACUCUGUGGCUGCUAUUUAACAAGGGAUGAUGUAUUAAACACUGCUCGUCUCUUGGGGCUUCAGGCUUAA